CCAUUCAUUGCGCUGUCUGGACUUCACGGAGAGAGCGUCUGACCAAUUAGCUGGCUGUCUGGCUGCACCGAAAGGGUGAGUGUCUACCGAGGCCCAAUCAGCAUCUCAGUGCUGCCUGCCGGUGCCGGGGACUGGUGGUGAGGGGCUGCUGCAACGCGUCAGGACCGGACCGUGAACCCGGAGACGCUACACACUGAGGCGAAAGGAGAUACAGGAUGGAGCAGAUGUCUGAGGAGGCGCUGAGGCUGAACCUACUUAAGCGAGGCCUUGAGUCAACCAGUGAGCGAGAAGAGGCGUUGGCCAAGCGCCUCAAAAUGGAAGGUCACGAGGCCAUGGAGCGCCUGAAGAUGCUGGCGCUUCUUAAACGCAAGGACUUAGCUGACCUAGCAGCCCUAGAUGUUGCAGGGACCUUGGGAGAUGGAAAAGGCCCUGGAGCCAGCAGCCUCCAUCAUCAGAGCCUGAUGGGUGCUGCUUAUGAGGAGAAGUUAAAUGGGAGUCUGAGGCUGGGAAGCCACAGUAGCCCCGUUGGACCAAGUAAGAAUGGAAAGGAGAACAUCCUGGAUGAGCCAGUCGACAUGAGCGCUGGGAGAAGAUGUGAUGCUGAUCAUGACAGACGAACUCCGUCACCGGAUGUCAUCAUCCUGUCAGACAACGAGGCUUCCAGUCCCAGAACAACACCUCGGCCCGAGGAGCGUGUGCACAAGGCUAACCUGGACAUGUUCAAGGGGAAAACAGGAGAGGAGAGGCAGCAGAUGAUCAAAGCUCUAAGAGAAGAGCUUCGUCUGGAGGAGGCUCGUCUCGUGCUGCUGAAGAAGCUCAGGCAGAGUCAAAUGCAGAAGGAGAAUGUUGUCCAGAAGGUCCCAGUGGUCCAGAAUGCUGCAUCAUCUGUGCAGCCUCCUCCCAUCCACAGCUCUCCUGUCCUGGGGAAGCUACCUGUGAGGCCAGGUCUACACAACCCUGAGCCCCAGAACCUCCGCACUGCACAGGGUCACACAGUCAUCCGGUCAGCAGCUAAUGCCAACUUGCCCCCCAUAUUGAUGUCUCAGCGAGUGAUAGCACCCAACCCUGCCCAGCUGCAGGGCCAGAGGGUCACGUCCAAACCUGGGAUGUCUCGUUCCAGUUCCAGCAGCAUGGCUAAUGCUGUCAGCUACCAGCAGGCCAGUCAGGUGGCAGCUUCCCAGCGCUCAGGCUCCAGUGCCAUGUACAUGAACCUGGCCCACAUGCAAGCAGCAGCAGCUGGGGCCAGCGGGGUGGCCGGCGGUCUGGGCGGAGCUUCGGCCGUCAGCCCAUCCACCAUGUCUGGUUCAGCCAGCGGAGCAGUGAGCUCCAUGGCAGACCAGGCGAGCAGUCAGGCAGCAGCCAAGCUGGCCCUAAGAAAGCAGCUGGAGAAAACCUUAUUGGAGAUCCCUCCACCCAAACCCCCAGCCCCUCUCCUGCACUUCCUGCCCUCUGCUGCCAACAGUGAGUUCAUCUACAUGGUGGGCCUCGAGGAGGUGGUGCAGAGUGUGCUCGACAGUCAGGGUAAACUCAGAGGGACGCUGGCCCGUCUGGAGCCUUUCUUCUGCGCCCAGUGCAGAACUGACUUCACCCCCCACUGGAAGCAAGAGAAGAGCGGGAGAAUCCUCUGUGAGCAGUGCAUGACAUCCAACCAGAAAAAGGCUUUGAAGGCAGAGCAUACCAACAGGCUGAAGAAUGCCUUUGUGAAGGCCUUACAACAGGAGCAGGAGAUCGAACAGAGGCUGCAGCAGCAGGCUGCACUCUCUCCCAGCUCAGUCCCUACCAACGCCUCCAAGUCCGACACCAUGAUCCGACAUCAUGCCCUCCGCCAGGCUCCCCAGCCUCAGGCCUCCCUGCAGCAAGGGCUGUCGAACUCGGCACGAGGGGUCCUGUCCAAUUUUGCCCAGGCCUCCCAGCUGUCAGUGGCCAGCAGCCUCAUGGGCAUGACUAGUGCCAAGCAUUGUGGCAGCAGCGGAGGCAGCAGCAACAGCAGCAGUAACAGACUGCAGCAUGACAACCGUCGGCAGAUCUACAACAUCCCAGGGUUAAACAUUGCCUAUCUGAACCCAGCGGCUGUCGGAGCCCAUAAGAGCUCCAGCUUAGCAGACCGGCAGAGAGAGUACCUGUUGGACAUGAUCCCGCCUCGAUCCAUAUCGCAGUCGAUCACUGGACAGAAAUGAGCCCUGUCCAGCUCUUGCCCCUUGAAGCCACCUUCAUCUUCAUACCUAAACCAUACCGAAGCACUCCUAAAUCAGUCGAUACCCUCUCCUCUUCACCUCUCAUCGCAUGCAGUGCCUGUCCAUGUGCCUACCUUAAACUGACCCAUAAAAACCCCACCAAGUUGGACAAGGACUCUAAACUACCAGUGCAUUUGACAUGCUCUUAAUAUAGUAAAAUCCUUCUUCUUCAGUCUAUUUAAGAAUUAUAAUUCCCCUUAUUAUAACUGGUGGUAGCAUUAUUAUUCCUACAACUACCAUAUUUGCUUCUGUUACUAUUACUCAUUAUGCUUUUUCCUUUUGAUAGUUUGUUUUUCUGCUGUUUAUCCUUUACUCUGGGUAGUGACGGCCUGUUGUUGUCGGGUUUCUUUAGGCCAAGGUCAUAUAGGAUUUUUUUUUCCUUUAUAAUUUGUCCUAAAGCUUAGCUGCGACUGUUGCUAGUAACAGAAGAUCAAGAUGAUACGUUCUGGUUGCUAUGCAACUUACAAGCUUUGUAAAAUAGUCUCGACUUGGAUGAAACAGUGGAAAAUCCCGAUGGGUACAAAAACAGACAAUUUGAGGCUCUGCAUGCUCUUGAAAAGAGGAUGAAGAACCCAUUUUAAAAAUGGAAAACCUGGAGGGAGGGAAGGAGGGAGCAGCAGAGCACCCACACCUGUACAAUCUCCCUAAAAGGGCCUGCUUCACAGUGACACACAGCCAAAAUUCUGAUAUGCUAAACUUAAGCUUCAGGACAGCGCCGGAGAUUCUGCCACCGACAGAGUUAAUGAACUGGAAGCGAGCGACAGACGAAAGCAAAAGAAAAUCCUAUGUGAUCAGUGUUCGGAUAAUCUUUCCUUUGCUUCCACCGUUGUUCACGAAAAGCUUCUUAUCAGGUUCUUCAUUUCAGAUUGAAACAGUAACACACUUUUUUAUGCUGGAUGAUACUUAAGUUGUACUAAUCAAGAUGGACAGUCACAGCAGUUUACCAUCUGCCUCUUCAGGAGACCAGCAGUCAGUCGAAACUCCAGCAAGAAGGAAGCUGACAGGCCGAGUCUGUCGUCUGUGUACCUGCCAAGUAUUCAGGCUGCUGAUGCUCUUCAUUCAGACAGAAACCUGUUGGUCCCAUCCCAUUUCACUAUUUGCCAGUGACCUACUAAACCACCUCACCCAUGCUCCCCACCCCAACCCUUUGGCUGUUCAGUAUGCACAGACUGAACCCUUUUUACCCCGCUGUUCCUCGUGGCAUCGCAUAUUCUUUGAGAGAGCGAAAAGACCUCAAAGCUAAAGGUGGAAGCAUAUUUUGUGCGUCCAAACCACAGACUCUGUAACUACAAAUCUGGGUUCUUCUUCUUUUUAUAUUUUGGUUUUUAGAUUAUUUUCUAAAUGUUGUGCAACACCCAUUCCCAAAUCCUAACUACUAUUCCCAUCCCUACCUCAUCCCUUUUUGUUUGUUUGUUUGUUUAAACUUUAUGCGGCGUCUCCUAAUAAAAUGGUUGCGUACCUGAGAGGUACAGCUGCCGGAGACGAUAAUAAUCAACAUAAAACAGAAACUAUUAAAAUGUCUGUAUGGAUUAUGUAUAGAUACCUAGCUUCAGAGAAAAAGGAUGUGGAUUUUAUCUUUUAAGAAGAGGCAUGGCUCAAUCAUGGUGUGUAUGCUCUGCACACACGUUUCCUCACUCCAAAGGAGCACUGUGCAUAUUUCAAAUUAGAUUUUUUUGUAUGGAGAGAAAUUAAGAGUGGCUGCGGUCUGGAUGCUGGCUGACGGCUAACCAGAGUCCGGUGAGAUGCUCCAAGUAGCCUGGAUUUCAUCGAGGUUUGUUUUGUGUUUCUCAUUUUGUUUUAUUUACAGGCUCAUGUUUUUUCAUCAUAAUCCCCAUCAGAUGUGUUUACAUGCUUUUAAUGUUCAAAAACACUUUAUGAUCCUGGAGUUCUACAAAUGCUCCGUUUGAGUGUCUGUGGCUUUGAAGCCCUCCUUCCAAAAUUCCAAUUCUGCUCUUAUUGGUCAGCUGUGAUGACAAAAGCAAGACAAAGUUGGUUACAUAGGUAAACACAUGUUGCUUCUAUCCCUGUGGGUGCUAACUGAAAUCACAGCAGAGCUUACGUUGGUCUUGAUGGGUGUUGUUUGUCACUACUUGUUCUGUUGUUGACAACAUGAACAGGAGGAAGUCGAUGAAAACAGGUUUGUUUGGAACGUCUCUUGGUUGAAAUAGCUCUCAGUUAGCAUGUUAGCAUGCCCGAAUGGUAAAUGGACUGGUUCUUAUGUAGCGCUUUUCUACUCUAUCUGAGCACUCAGAGCGCUUUACACAACUCGUUGAUUCACCCAAUUACACAAGCACUUUUCUAAGUUUUAAGUGUUGUCUUAACUAACAUUCAUACACACAUUCACACUCCGAUGGAUGCAUCAGAGAGCAACCUGGGGUUAGUAUCUUGCCCAAGGAUAUUUGGCAUGCAAACUAGGAUCAAACCACCAACCUUCCCAUUAGUAGGUGACCUGCUCUGCCACCUGAGCUACAGACACCCCGCCUGAGCUACAGCCAGGUGCUGCCACCUGCUCUGCUGCUGGUGUGUCUUGCUGUUCUACCAGUUAUUACUCGUUGACCUUUGAAACAUGCACAAAGAAGUUAUCUAACACACUAAAUGAAGUUUGGAGAAAUGCUGAAAGGGGCACUCAACUUGUUGAUAAAUGACUAAAUCCUAAUUUACUCUCUGCAAAUGUUGGACCUCAGUCCCAGCUUUCAUUUCACUGGUGCCCAGUUUGUACAUGUAUCUAAAAGAUGGAAUUACUCCACUCAUAUUCUGACGCAUAACCCUUACAGAGCCCAGCGUCAGGCCUCACACCGCAUUCUCACUCUAUUUAAAUUCAAAGUAAAGCAAGAGUGUCAUGUGACAGAUCACUGCAGCAAGUGUGCUGUUGGUAAUGGACCGGUUCUUACACAGCCUUUUGCUACUGAACCUAAGCACUCUGUGCGCUUUAUACAACAUAACCUCAUUCACCCAAACACUUUCUCUUUUUGCUAAAAUGUUUUCUAUCUAACAUUCAUACUGUGAUGGAUGCAUCGGAGCACAACUCGGGCUUAGUAUCCUGCCCAAGGAUGUUUGACCUGAGCAGCCAGGAAUUGAACCACCAACUCUCUGAUUAGUAGUUGACCUCCUGCUCGACCUCCCGAGCUACAGCCGCCCCUUUAUUUGUGUUUGUGUAAAAUUAUCUAUUGUUGUUGUUCUUUGGUCGCACAUCAGUUACAGAGUUCUUAUUGCAAACUAAAUUCCAUCUCAGUCCCAGGAUAGAUCAUGUUUACCAUUUGUUAAAGUGACAGCACUCGUCGUUCAGAUGGAGAACUGUUGGCAUGUUACACACAUGAUAGUGAAAAUAGUGAGAAGAACCAAUCGUUCAAUGUUAUUAAGAACAGACUCUUUGCCUGUUUCAGGCUUCACCUCAAACGCUACAGCCCAUCUUCUCGCUGUGCUCUGGAUAAGAAAUAGUGGAAGUUGGUGACAUAAAAUGUCACUGGGCUCCUGCUUUUUACAUAAGCAGCUCUCAAAGAUGCAGCAGAGUCAUGUGCAGUGUUAGGAAAUGUUAUUUCUUCCAACGUAGUUUUGGAGUUGUGACGACAAAGUGAGCCAGGUUGAGAACUGCGGUGCUGUCAAAUUAACAGAACUAGGCAUCUGAUGGUGUUAAUCCCCUUUUAUCUAUUUAUCAUGUAAGUGUGUGUUUUCACAAACCAUUUGAAGUAUUUUCAUGAUGACGUCGAUGGUUUUGCUCAGGACAAAACCUCUAAACCUGCCCCAAACCCCAAUCUGUCAGUUGCUUUUUCACAGUUAGUGAGCGCGCUGUUGUUAGACGGUCUCAAACUAUCAUAACCAACAGUGUUAGAUUA